UAUUUACAGCCUCAUGGGAAGAUAAGACCGAUAAGACAUCCCGUAUUGUAAGGAUUGUAAAAAACUCAUCGGCUAGUUGGCAGGUGAUCAGGAUAUUGCAAAGCAAUGAGCGAUCAACGGAGAGCAAGAAAGAGUUUAAUCAAAUCAAAGCAAUAUGAUCCCGUAGGAGACGAUGAGAAUAAUUUACACAAAAUUGAUUCCCAACUGGGAAUGUUCGGUGUAGUUCUGUUGCUGUUCUGCGGCUCCAUUUCAAGUUAUUUAUUUACUAAUUUGCCAGAAGCGUUAACAAAGGCUGAUUUGGAAAAGUACCCUGGAGCGUUUAUUGCAGAACGAACAUGGGAAAACCUAAAGGUCCUAAACGAUUUCGGCCCGAAACCGACUGGUAGUGAAGCAAAUGAAAAAUUGACUGCUAAUUACAUUAAGCAGGAGAUUGCAGUAAUUGAAGCUACUAAGCAUAAUAAUCAGAAAUUGCUUGUUCAGCAUCAGACUGUAAGCGGUGGAUAUGGUGUACAGUUUAAAGGACAUCCAUUAACCAGUUUGUAUCGAAAUGUCCAAAAUUUAGUUGUGAUGCUAGUUGGUGAAAAUGAAAACUCAACAAGCCCUGCUUUAAUGCUUAAUUGCCACUUUGAUACGGUCGCUAGUAGCCCUGGAGCUAGUGACGAUGGAGCAAGCUGCUGUGUCAUGCUGGAAGUUAUGCGGGUGUUAUCUCGCCAAUCACAACGAACACGGCAUUCAGUAAUAUUUUUAUUCAAUGGUGCUGAGGAAACUCCGUUACAGGGGGCUCAUGGGUUUAUUACUCAGCAUCCUUGGGCUAAGCACGUGGCUGCUUUUUUAAAUCUGGAAUCUGCAGGCUCUGGAGGCAAAGAAGUACUUUUCCAGAGCGGUCCUCAACACUCGUGGAUGAUUGAUGUAUAUGCUCGUGCAAUUCGUUACCCCUUUGCUCAUGCCACAGCUGAAGAAAUUUUCCAAUCAGGCCUAAUUCCAUCAGACACUGAUUUUAGAAUAUUUCGAGAUUUCGGACAUAUACCUGGAAUGGAUUUUGCUCACAUGGUGGAGGGUUACCGUUACCACACAAAAUAUGAUAACAUCGACUAUUUGUCUAUGCCAGUCAUUCAGAGAACGGGCGAUAAUAUACUUGCAAUUACUCGAGAAAUGGCCAACAGUGAGGAAUUGGAAAACAGUCGCAGCGAGCAGGCCUCUUUAGGAUAUUCUGUGUUUUAUGAUUUUCUAGGAUUGUUGUUCGUAUGCUAUUCAACGAAUACUGCCGUCACAAUUAAUAUCCUUGUCGCCAUACUUUCAAUUUUGCUGCCCUAUUUUGGGCUUAGCAAAGUUAUAAAAAAAUCCGCAGAAGCCCUCAUCAUCAGAGAAAUUAUGUACGGAUUUUUAGCAAUUGUAAUAGGUACGCUGUUCAGUGUAUUAAUUUGCCUGAUAAUCGGUCGACAACUAGACGCAAUGGGGCGAGCCAUGUCUUGGUAUUCAACUCCAUAUCUUAUCUUAGGUUUGUAUUGCUGUCCGGCACUGUUAUCUCAGUGCUUCGCGCAGAUGAUUGUGAGCAUGUUUUUUAUUGAUAAAAAGAGCCUUCUAAAUCUGUCUCAAAUUACACAAUCUCGUCUGAUUGGAGUUAGCCUAUUUUGGACAGUGCUUGUAAUACCAUUGACAUUCGCCGGCAUUCGUAGUUCUUAUAUUUUUAUGGUGGUACAGUUUUUCUUUCUGACGUCGGCUCUUGUGACAUCUGUACUUGGUCAUCAGUACAACAGCUCACGGAAAUGGCUCCUGAUUCACGUUGCAUUCCAGAUUAUAACUAUGCUUUGGGCAACACAGUUCUAUCAUAUGUUUAUGAAAUUAUUCAUACCUAUUUCCGGACGAAUUGGAGGCAAUGAAAAUCCAGAAUAUUUAUUAGGUACCAUAGCAGCACUUUGUGUACUGUUGAUGGGCAGCUACAUGUUUCCAUUGGUAGCUCUUUUAAAAAAAUCAUCCGAGCUAAUCUCUCGAUUAACUGUGUUAAUAUUAAUUGCCUUGCUGAUAGCCUGUUUUACCCAGGUUGGGUUUCCUUAUCGUGAUGAUAGCGCCAAUGCACCAUCAGUUCAACGGCAUUAUGUAACACACACAUUGCGAUUGUACUACGAUAAAACAGGAUCGUUGAGAAAAAGGGAUUCUGGAUAUCUUUUUCGGGAAAUGGACCGAAAUUCCCAGCGUCUCAUUCGUGGCGUUGUUAGUCCUGAGAUUAUCAUUCCAAUGAGCCAAAUGAAUACGUGUGAAACGGAGAUAUUUUGUGCUGUUCCGUUUUAUUCCAUAUGGCAUCAAAUUCGAUUUGACAAUUUUUGGAUUCCAGGGCCGGAACCUAUUGUGGAAAAAACAGUUACGCUUAAUUUGCGAGGUACAGAGCAGAUAAGUGAUCACAUUCGACGAUUACAUUUCACACUGGAAGGUAGUUUCCAGUCAUCGCUCAUUAUUGGACCAAAAUCUGGCAUAAAGUUGGUUAACUGGAGUUUACUUGAAGGUGUAACACCAACUACUAACUUUAACAAUAGAAAUGGUCAUUUUGUACUGAUAACUCACGGAUUACCGGAUGAUGUUCCGUGGAAUGUGACAAUGGAUUUUGAACACCAGGAGAAAGAUUAUACAGGACCAUUGAUUGAUCUUGCUGUCGUGUCUACGUAUUGGGAAUUCCAUAAGAAUCAUACGAAAGAGUUCAAUGACCUUAUACGUAAAUUCCCGAAUUGGGCUCAUGUAAUACCUACAGUUGCUGUAAUGAAUAUUUACAUAUUUUAA